AUGUAUACCUUAUUAUUGAAAGAAGCACUCCUAGAUAUUGAAGAUGAUAAUAAAAAAUCAAUUAAAGAACUCGCUGAGUACUGCCGUCUUCAAAGUGAUGCUUCUGAAGCAACAAUUAAAAAACUUGAGGAAGGAUAUGGUGAUCAUUCACCAAUUUGGUGGUACACGGGCCGAUAUUUUAUCUAUUCAAUGCUGAGUUAUGGUCUUAGACUGAUGAAGGUCGAAAUUAUCUUAAAAAUGGGCUUUUUUAUUCGACAUUUACAUCAAGAUAUUCAAAAUUUAUACGAUGAACAAAAGGCCAAGAACAUGAUUAUGGAUUCUCCAUACAAAGUUUAUCGUGGUCAAGGGUUAUCUGUACAAGAUUUCGAGAUAAUGAAAAAGUGUCAAGGCCAACUAAUGUCAUUCAAUAAUUUUUUAUCAACAAGUCUUGAUCGUGAUGUUUCCUUGGAUUUCGCACAAGCAGCACUCAAAGAUACCGAUACAGUCGGCAUUCUUUUUCAUAUGAUUAUUGACCCUGUUAUCUGUGAAGAGUUAAAGAUUCCAUUUGGUGAUAUUGAUUAUGAACAUACAGAUCGGUUAUGGCAAGUCAAUCUUACUCUUGCAGGCAAUGAUGACCACGAAUUAAACAGUCUUACUGCACAUUUACGCGAUGAUGCGAGUUGGACAACGGGAUGGUCUCGACUUGGUUAUAUACUUAUUAAACUGGGUGAGUCUAUAAAAGCAAAAUAA